AUGGCGUUAGCUGCACUUAAACAACAACUGAAGCACCAAAUCCAAUCUAUGGUGGAUGAGGGUAUUUUAGUAGAGCAACAGUUUGCUCAAGUUCAAGAGUUGAAAAAUUCAGACAAUCCUAACUUUGUUUCCAAAGUGCUCAACGAUUUCUGUGACGGGGCGGAGCAAACGAUAACCAAUCUGAAUAAGCUUCUCUCUGAAGAACAAAUUGAAUUUGACGAGUUGAAUGCUAGCAUACAUCUUUUAAAGGGAAGUAGCUCCAGCAUUGGAGCUUCUCAAGUGCGUCUUGCUACUAUUGAACUUAAUAAAGCUGUUGAUGAAAAAAGCAAGGAAAGGUCCUUGGAGGCCUUGAGGAAAGUCACACAUGAGUACCUGAGGAUACAGUACAAAUUGCAGACCAUUAUUCAGCUGGAGAACAAGAUCUAUGAUGUUGAAUCCAAGGCACUUAAAAUUGAUGCAAAUUGUGCAGCAGGGACUUCAUAUUCAAAACAUAUUUGA